CGCGGUAGUAGCGUUUCAUCCCGCCGAGGGAGCGGUUCGGCAGCGAACACUGCAGCUCAUCCUGUACGCGCGCGCGCUCCUCCAAGCGAAUCGGAAAAGGGGGGACUCUGUGCUCGGACGGACUUGAAGUGUGUGUGCAGACUUGGGGGGACUUGCAACCUUCUUGUCCGGACGUUGACGGGCAGAACGAUGUGUGAAAAAUUGUAACGGGUUUCGGUUUUUUUUUUGCAUUAGAAACUAGACGAAAGUGAUUUUGGGGUGUUUCGGUGAAGGAAAAAGAAAGGAAAAUUUUACCCUUGAAUAAGCACGCGUGAACCACUUGGAAAACCAUGGACGUCCAGCCGCGUGACGUCGAAGAUCAACAACGUGGUGAACGACUGCUGGCCGGUGGUGAAAAAUUGGCACCGUAGCGCGUUGUGUUUCUGGCAAUUAAGCCGGAUUAGUGUGGUGCGGAUGUGAAUUAAGUCAUACGGAGAGUGAAAUUCUGCAGAGUACAGGGCCGUGUCUAGACGCGAGGUCGCGUAGACUUGCCGAACUGUCGAUGUACGAACGAAUCGAUUGCAAUAAAUCCAUCACGAUCCAGCUUCAAUCUGUGAAUUUUAGUGCCACUCACCUUAAGUGCGUAAUAAAGACGUCACCAGUCGUAGAGGCUCGCGCGAAAAACACGUCCUAGUGUACAAGCGGGUGUCGUUGCCCGGAAGAUCCGCAAUGACGACGGAAUGAUGCGCUAGGACAAGUCCUUCUAUUUAUAAUGUCGUUACCAUACAGACGUGAACCAAGCAAAAAAAAAAGGAACCUGCAGACUGCAUCACUGCUGCUGAAUCUUGGCGGCUUAACGGCGGGUUCAUCAAACUACUAGUUCAACGCCGUCAACGAUCACAAUAAUGCGACAACUUUCCAAGAGUGUUCAGGCGAUUGCCCGUACGUAAUAUGAACAAAUCCGAUGGCGACAAGGCACUGAGCAACGAACGGAAGAACAAGAAGAAAUUAGUACCGAACAAAAAUGUUCCCGACUCCAGAUCAUCUGCGACCGGAAGUGGUGGGUUUCACUCGUUUUUCCGCUGGUUCCGCAAGGACCAGAGAGAUCCAGACCUCGAGCUGCCCCAAGUCGUUGAUCUCCGACAGCCACAACCCGUACAGGCUGAACCGAGCACUCCAGCAGCAGUAGCAUGCGCCAGCAACCCGCAAGUGGCCAGCGAAAUUUCGUCCGAUGAGGUGAGCCAAAGCAACGGAACGCACAGUUCCUCGCCGAGUCCGAGCCCAGUAAUAGACUGCAAUAACUUGUCGAAAGCCUCCAGCUGUGAUAGUAUCCUUAGUACUGCCACCACCGGUUUCGCGUUUGUGCCACCGAAUUGCUACGACGAAGUGAUCGGCAGGCUGCCCCAGACUGAACGUGUCAUCAACCCGGGUCCGUACACCGAUAGCUACAAGCGACGCGUAAGGCAACUCGACCAAACGCGAGAGCAGGACAAAAAGAAUGACCUAACUCUGCGCAAAAAGUACAAUCUAUUCUCAAGCAUACGAUCAGCCGCACCGAAACCUCCCGAACGGGACGCAACACUUACGAGACACAAUCAAAAACCAACUUACCCCGACCUCAGUCUACCGAGCACUUCAAAAGUUACCGCAGAAGCAAACAAAAAUGACGAUCCUACUGAUUCUACCGUGAAGAGACACCGUCGCACGGUCAGCGACAGCUCCAAGGACAGAAAAGCGGGCGCUUACGUCCACGUUCGUGGAAAACGUCGGGCACCUCCGCCACCUCCUCUAGAUCUCAACGCAAACUCGCAAGGAACGCUUUCCAAUCAAUCGCAAAGCUCAUACGGAACGCUAUCACCGGGAUCAACGCUUUCUCGUAAGAAACGACCCGCUCCGUUACCACCGCCACGAUCACCAACGUCCCCAACACUGAACGAAGCAGUGUCCAACACUAGUCUACUCGAAGAUAAAGAAAUUAAAGCCAUCAUCGAAGGAACCUCCCGCCCCAAAUCCCCCACAUUCAUAAUGCCAAUCCGAACGACACCUCUGCCAGGAAUCAGCGAAGAGCGAACACCCGGAGGACUCACGGAAGAACAAAAGCAACAGCUGAUCGAUAACAUCAGACGGGUACAAACACCCGAAGCAGAUCCUCGUACGCCCACCAACGCCCCUUCGCCUUCGUUUAUGCUCACCAACAACGAUGUGAUGAAACUGGAAGAAAACUUCAUCAACACCAACGGGACACGAUCGCCGAUACACGACUACCUCUACGCAGAAGCCGUCAACAGCAACGUCAAGCCGGGAAUACCAACAUCGCCGAUCUCUCCCCGUCCCUGGUACAAGCGUCCGAUAUCCGGAACAAAGCAGCAGGAAAGCUCCCUUCCGUUCAAGAAAGACAUCAUUCUGAAAACGAUCGACAAGCGAAAGGCCAAACAACGUGACAAAGAGGAUCUUCCCGAAGUUGGAUACUGUCGCAACUCACUGGUAGACACGGGCAGCACAAGCCACUCCGCAACCAAAUUCAACCUUUUUGCCAAGAUCACCGAGAAAUCUGACGAUACGAAGAGACGCGAGAGGGAUAACGAAAAGCGAAAAUCCGGCAUCGGAAUCCCCAGUAUCAGCGAACUCGAUCGGGAAGCUGCCGAGAUUAUCAACAAGGAAAACGCCCUCAAGCAAAAUCACCAAGCUGCGGAAAGCGACCUUUACUUCUCGGCACCGGAACAGCUGGUGAAGCGAAGCAGAUCCUUCGUCAGCAAAGAUGAACCGGAAUCGAUCGAUCAAGCAAGCGGAAAACCGAAAUCAACCAAAGAACUAAUAUCCAGGUUUGAAGCGACAUCCACAAACAUAAGCAAAGUGACGGUGAAUCCAUCCUUUAUCCCAAAAAAAGACUACUUUGGCGAGCCACGAAACACGCAACCAACGCCACCGGACUCCAAGGAGAACACUCCACCGCAAGGUAUCGUCAAAACGGGAAGCGACAAAAACCUGCUUGGCCUGUGGUCAUGCCCGUACUGUACCCUGGAAAACCCCAACUGGAGGAUCAUCUGUGAAGCGUGCGAACGCAUCAAACCGUACGAAAAGCUAAGCAUUCUCGAGGAACCCCCACUGCGACCCAAUCACCCGCUGAAGAAGGCAAUCCCUGAGGUAAAAGCACCACCUCAACAGCCUACCGCCGAAGAGUGGGACAAGAAAACGGAACGCGUGCUCAAGUACUUUAUGCCCAAGACGAACCCAACCAUGGGCAGUGGUGGAACGCCAGAAUCGCCCAAGAAAUCGUUCGGACAAGCUAAGAUGCUUGCAUCGCCGAAAAUGGGCGUCAAGAGCUUGAUGAACCGCAUGUCGCCGGACAAACCGAACGGCUUUAGAAACUUCAACGCCAAUCCUGAAGUGUAUCACGCGACAAACAAGUUUGACGACGAGAAACUGAAGGAAAACGCUGUUGUUGUGACGACGGUUCCGACGGUGAUUGCUCCACUAGCUUCACCGGAACCUACUGUGGAAGGAGUGCCUACCAGUCAGAUCGACUUAGACGAAGUUCGCAACGCACGUAUCGCUCGAUUCAGCACUAACCUUGACAAGAACGAUGACGAGCCACCAAAGCACGUACAAGACAUGGACGAUGAAGCGCUGGAGAAGGAAAAGGAACGCUUACGUGAGAUGAUUCGAGCGAUGAACGCCAAAGCGCUGGCAGACAAGUACCCAGUGCUUCAGAAACCGCCCAGUAGUGGUCCAGCAAAGCGAGAAUCGCCGCUAAUGCAACGAAGGAACGGUUUCAUCUCGGGUAUUCCUGUCUCUACCAACAGUCCCAAGCCGAUACGUAAGGCGAGUCCGACAAUGGCGAAAAGAGCCGCGCCAAUUGUCGAGGAGCAUCCACCCGUCGUAGCGGAACCGUACAAGCUGGGAGCGAUCAAGAAAACGUUCGUUCGAAAAACUGAGGAACCAAAGAUCAUCAACCAAGAGGUGAGAAGUCCUGCUAGGGAGCAAAACCUGAGCCCACAAACAAUACCAAAGACCGUUACCGAACUGAACGAACCAAAGCUGGUCCUGACCAAUGACGUUCAACGAAUUCGCUACGAAGUGAUGGACGAAGAACAGUUCAAGCAGCAGAAUCCAGCUCCACGACAUGACACGCUCACACGUCAGGCACCGUUCUCCGAUCAGCAAAACGAGAAGGUCCGCCAGAUAUCGCACCAACUGCGUUCGGCCCAAGGAGUUCAGCAUUUCAAGAACACGCUCAAGUACGCGGGAACUUCGAUGACCCGAACGAACACGCUGGCAAUCAAUAAGCUACUGAGGAACCUGGAGUUGGCGAUCGGCGAGGGAGCGCACGACAAGGCCGCUCGGUUGGCGAUGGAUCUGGCCAAGAUGAAGGUGUCGCUGUCGGUGACGAGGCAAAGUCCGGGCGGGUCGGACUCUGGAUCGUCGGGAAGUCUCACGGAAACCAGUGUCACCGUUUACAUCAACGACAAGAACAGCCGGAAGGGUCCGCUAAAGGUCAGCGUUUCGUCGACACUGACGCUAGCCCAGUGGAAGCUGAAGUUUGCCCGGGAUUACGGAAUUCCGCUCGCAAUUCAGCGCUGGGUUUGCAACGACCUAUAUCUCUCUAACGAGCGCAAAACGCUGUACGACUACGGCGUGGACUCCGAACACGUGCUGCAGCUGUACAUUGUAAGCGAAGCAGUGAAGCCCCUGAAACCGUUGGGAACGGUAGCAGCUACUUCCGUGGUCAAGGUUGAGGAGAAGGUCGUUCCAGUGAUGACCGUGGUAAAGCCCCAGUUCAGCAAGACCGAGGCAAAGAUACUGUCCGUUUCGGAUUCCGACGGAGAUGGAUCCGAUACGCAGAACGAGAUGCAUGAGGAUGAUUCCAAGCUUGGAGCAACAGCGCUGCCAACAAUCUCCGAGAACAACGGACCCCAGAAUGAUACCGAGGAGGGAUGGGUGUGUCCACUGUGCACGCUGAUCAAUCCACCGAAUCGACCUGGUUGUGGAGCUUGUUCCGAGGCAAGACCAGCCACGUACGUAGUCCCUGCUCGUUAUAGAAGAAACGACGACGAGUUAAUCCCGGAAGAACUGAAAAGAUUCAUCCAGGAUGAUGUCCGGAAAUCUUCAGAUGUUCAGCUCCGGAAUCCUCCCAAAGAGUUGCGGAAUGAUCUCAAUCGCGUGUCCAGCAAUCGAAAGUCUUCGGACAUUUUCAACAUCUUGCUGGAUGAAAGUAAAGUCGCGGAAUCACAAACCAGAACCAGUCAACCCAAUCCAAGUACUACGGAUCUGUUGACCACGAGACAUAUCCAGGUUCCCGAGCAGAAGAACAUUGUGAUGACAGCCUUUGCUAGCCCAAACAUAACCCGGAACAAGUACAGGGGAGUGGACAACUUCAAUCCGAACUCGUACAACAACGGAGUGGCACCCGCGCCAAAGGAAGGACCCAUCAUCAGCACUGCCAGUCCGAUAGUUCGAGCGGUUCUUUUGAAAGAAAGGAAGCCCGUCAAGUUCGAGCGCAAUGGGCUGGUAAUGCCGGACGAUGAUACAGACGUUACGAAUCACUACAUGGAGCUGGUGAAUCUGGAUUCUGCAGAUGUAAUCGCGAAUGUCGAUGCAUUCGAGUGUCCAAUUUGUUUCAGCGCCUUUGAGCAGUACGAAGGAGUUGUGCUGCGUGAUUGUCUACACACAUUUUGCAAGGAAUGUCUAGCGAACACGAUCAACUUCAGCGAAGAAGCGGAAAUUCGGUGUCCGUUCAUGGAUGCCGUGUACAGCUGCGAGAGUGUCAUCACGCAACGCGAGAUCAAAGCCCUGGUCACAAAGGACAUGUACGAGGCCUACCUGGCACGGUCCAUCCGACAAGCAGAAAGCAAGCUGGACAAUACGUUCCACUGCAAGACGCCCAACUGCCGCGGCUGGUGCAUCUACGAGGACAACGUCAAUGAGUUCAAGUGCCCCGUGUGUACGAUCGUAAAUUGCCUCACGUGCAGAGCGAUCCACCCGAACAUGGGCUGCGAGGAGUACCAGGACCGGCUCAACGGAAACUACGAGCUCAAAUGCUCGGAACGGCAGGUGCAGGCCCUCAUCAGCUCGGGCGAAGCGAUGCGCUGUCCGCGGUGCACGGUGGUGGUGCAGAAGAUUGCCGGCUGCGACUUUGUGGCGUGCACGGUCUGCAAAACGGGCAUCUGCUGGGCGACGCGCGGACCGCGCUGGGGACCGCUCGGACCGGGCGACACUAGCGGGGGCUGCCUGUGCGGCGUUGGCGGCCGGAAGUGCCAUCCAAGCUGCCGGAAUUGUCACUAGGGGUUGAGGCGCUUAAAGACGGUCGGUUAUCUAAGGAUAGUACUUUAUUUGCUGAUUUUUUUGCUUUGUUUUUGUUUUGUUGAUCAGAGAGUUUGCGAUAUUUUAAGGGGGGAAGGAGAUAUCUUUUUUUUUGCGUAGACUUUACUUACUGACGACUUGUUUUGAGGGGUGGGUGUCUCUCCACAGGUCGCGAUGCUUCACGCCAGUAUUUUAUACAAAAUCGACCGCGUCGUUACCACACGCGCAUCAGUUUCAUUUCACACUCACAAACUCGGUGCCUUCGUGCGGUUCAAACAUUUGAAUUCAAUUACAUUAUAAUUAUACUGCAUCGAUGAGCGAUUACACAA